GCUUGUGCAAGGCCGGCGCCGGCGCCGCCGAGGCGAGGCGAGGCGAGCCGCCGCCCGGCAGCGGAACAAAAGAGCCCCGGGCCGGGCCGGGCUGGCCCCGCCGGAGGGGCAGCGCCCCGCGGGGCAGCGCCGGCUAGAGGGGGUCGCGGCAGCCCGGGCCAUGCAGCUGCCGGGAGGGGAGGAGCGGCCGGCGGCGCCCCGGAGGGGGCAGCGCCCGGAGGGAGCGGGGGGGAGGUCUGGCAGCGCCGGCAGCCCCCGAGCGGGGCAGGGGCGCGGCGGGGCCGUGCCCGGGGCCGGCUGCCGCGCCGCUCGCCCGGGAGGGGCUUGACCGCGCUUCGUGCGAGAAGGAGCAGCUCCCCGGUGAGCGGCGGGGAGCGCCCGCCAGCCCGCCCUCCGGUGCCCGGCGUUGCCUGAAGAGCGGCGGCGGCACCGGGGAGCGACUGGACGGGGGGAGGAGAAGAGGAGGAAAAGAAAUCAGAUUGCCGAAAGGAUUAGGAAGGGAGGUGGGGAGGCGAAGCCCUCUACCCCCCCCGCCCCGCACACACUUGUGAAGCUUUUCAGAGUUACCCUUCAGCAUCUGUAGCACCGGCAGGCGGGCCGGGAGAGCAGCGACACCGAAACGUGCUCGGCAAACUGCAAGAGAGAUCAGAGGGGAGCGGAGCGGCCGGCGGACCCUGCCCCGGCCUCUGCACGCACCCGCGGGGGACUUCACUUCCCGUCAGCGAUAUUUUAUAUUUUAUUCUUUUUUAAAAUUUUCCCUGCUCCUCUCGCUCUCUCGAGGAAGGACGGGGGUUGUAGCGUUGCGGGCAGGCGUGCUGCCGUGCCGCCUGCCCUGGGCGUGCGAGGUGGGGCGAGAGGGAGGGAGAGAUGCCUCUGAUGAGAGGGAAAGUCGUGCUCGUCCUCGGCUUCGUCUUCCUGACAACUUUCCUGGCUGCGGUGAGAGGGCUGCCCGUGAGGAGACAGCGCAGCAGCAGCCCGAGGGAGAGGAGCUCCAAGCUGGCGGAGGUCUCUGCCUCAUCCGACUCCCGUUCAGCGGGGGACGAGGAGCUGCCGCCAUCGGGCAAGGCGCGGGGGCUGAGGCGGAGCGGGCAGGCUGGCCCGCGGCGGCACAGGCGCCGUGGGGUGGCUCAGCCGGCUGCCAGGAGCCCAGCGGUGCCCCAGCCCGGUGGUGCUGGCCGGGAGGAGAGCCUGCCCUUCGUGCUGGACCUGCAGAGCUUGCCAGAGCUGGCCAACAUGGACCUGAGUGCCCAGAACCCCAACAUCCAGGUGACCAUUGAAGUGGUGGAUGAUCCUCAGGCUGAGAUGGAGAUGGACUUGUUGAAGGAGACAAGCAAUGACUGGUCCCUGACAUCCUCUGAGUGGUUGUCCCACAAGGACCUCUUCUGGCCCCUCUUCUGGGAAUACACCAACCCCACUGAGGAGGAGGAGGAUGCGGAGGAGGAAGAGGAUGACAACUUGGAUGUAGGGGACAGGGAGGAUGAGGAGGAAGAUUACACAGCAGAGUAUGAGGAGGAGGAGUCCAUGCUCAGUGGGGUGGGUGGUGACUGGGACCAGCAGUGGCCUGGGCAGAAGAACUGGAUCUUUAAGGAAAAAUAUAAUUAUGACUAUGAAGAUGAGGAGGAGUGGAGCCCGUGGUCCCCUUGCAGCAUCAGCUGUGGCAGUGGCAACCAGAAGAGGACCCGGUCCUGUGGCUAUGCCUGCACAGCGACGGAGUCGAGGACCUGCGACCUGCCACGCUGCCCUGGAGCAGAGGGGGAAAUGGUCUUCCCCACAGAGGAGACGCCUUUCAAAAGCGACAACACCACAGAGCUGUUCAACUCAGAGGUGGACAGCUGUGAGAAGUGGCUGAACUGCAAGAGCGACUUCCUCACCAAGUACCUGAGCAAGGUGCUGACGGACCUGCCCAGCUGCCCCUGCUCCUACCCGCUGGAGGCCGUCUACAGUGCUGUCAACCUGCAGGAUGAGCAGCAGGGCAAGAGCUUCCGAUGGCGGGACGCCAGCGGCCCCAAGGAGCGCCUGGACAUCUACAAGCCGACGGCGCGCUUCUGCCUGCGCUCCAUGCUCUCCCUCGACAGCACCACCCUGGCUGCCCAGCACUGUUGCUACGACGAGCACACCCGCCUCAUCACCCGCGGCAAGGGGGCCGGUGUCCCCAACCUCAUCAGCACCGAGUUCUCCCCGGAGCUGCACUACAAGGUGGACAUGCUGCCUUGGAUCCUCUGCAAGGGCGACUGGAGCCGCUACCAUGCCGUCCGGCCCCCCAAUAACGGGCGGCGGUGUGCUGACAACCCCGCCGAGGAGGAGUACCUCUCCCAGCUGCAGGAGGCCAAGGAGUACUAGCCGCAGCCGUGCUCAGAGGAGCCACGGCCACCGCCGGCUCCCACCCCGGCCCAGCCUGGCGAAGCCCCGGCCCUGCUCAUGGGCUUCUCGCUGGCACCGGGCAGAGCAGGGAGGAUGCGCCCGUCCCUUCAGA